AUUUUAAAAAAAGCCUCCUCAAACUUGAGCUGAUACAUCACCUGAGCUAGUCAAGCUCUCCUUUGAAUUCCUUUUGACACUCACUUUCUCUCUCCUCUCAGUUCUUGUACUUUUAUUCCAAUUUCUCGACCAAUUUCUCGCAAUUUUAUUCAAUCAGUUUCAAGCUAAAGUUGCUAAAAAAGGGGAUUUAUUGCAUCAAUCAACGAAUUUGACAGGGGAAUUCAGCUCAGUGGGGAUUAUGAUAAUGCUUAUAGAUGUGUUGCAUCGUUUCGAGUUCGAUGUUUCGGUUCUUAGUUUUCUUCAUCUCGAACAAAUGAUAAAGGGAGGUAUACAAAAGAUUCAGUUUACAUUCAAUUGCGCGCACCUCUCAAAGAUGUAAAGAGGCAUAUUAGGAAUCACUUAAUGACAAUGCUUCACGAGUAAGCAAAUAAGAAGAAUGGCGAGGCUUACAAUUUGAUGCCUUCGUUUGAAACAUAUGGGAGACCAGAAAGAGGAGGAUUUGUAUCGUAACUUCUCAAGAAAGGAUCUCCAAGGCUUGUGCAAGAAAUAUGGUCUACCUGCUAAUAAGUCAAACUCUGAAAUGGCAACAUCCUUGAUUCUUUACUUGGAGAAGAAGAACCUAAGCACGAGAGCCAUAUGGGAGGGUACUAGAAGUGAUCUCUUUGCUUCAGGAACAACAGAGUUGCAAACUGUUGCAAGGAUGAAUUCAACAGAUAAACAGAGAAAAGAUCGUGGACGCAUCGCAUCCCAUAAUAGCUUUCGCAACAACCAGUGCCUUAAUCAGCGAGAUGCAGAUCCAGAUAAUUUGCAGAAUUCCAAAGAGUCUGCUACUUCUGAUAAGGCAUCUGUUGAUGUGGGUAAUUUAACGCAACUCCAUAGAGAAAGUAACAAUGGGGCAGGUGUUGCAGAGAAUACCUUCUCCUCUGUUGUUAGUUCCUCUGCAGUAGCACCUUCCCCUGAAUUUACAUUUGAAGUCCGUUGUGAGGAUGGGAUUCAACUUUAUGUUGAUCUGAAUUCAAGCCCAUCAGACUGGAUUGAGAGUCUAACAUCUGGAGUUCAUAUAAAUCCUGAUGUGUACAAGCCCAAGUCCCAAAGUUUUCAUGAAGAUAUAGGAAUGUUACAUUGUCCUAAGCAAAAAAAUGGAUCUGAUGCUAUAGAUCCAUGUAAGGAGACUGAUAAUCGCCAACUACAAGAUCGGUCUUAUCCAACCUCAAUAUUGACUGAUAAUCUGACACAAACUGUUGAGCCUGAUGAUGGAGAAGGGUCUAUGUCUUCACCUGGAUUGAAAUGCUUAAGCAAUGCUGCUCAUAACUUGGGGAAUUUACAAGAAGAACAAGCACAUUUAUCAUCCAGACUUGAACCUGGUACUGAGUGGCAACUUCCUGGUGCAAAAUAUUGCAGAAGAGAGGAAAUAUUGACUAAUAAGUCAGACAUUAAUGCAGCUGUCCGAACUAGAACGCGCUUUAAUUUUACUGGAAAUUCUGUGCCAUCUGAUCCUAAGUUUUCAGAGAUGCCACACCAGGGUGCAGAUACUGGUAAUGGUGCUCAUAAAAAGCAAUCCUUGCAGCAAAUUAAUAAUUGUUCUCUGGACCCUGUUCAGAAAUCUACUCGUUCUACUAUGUGUCAAGAUAUUGAAUAUUCUCCUUCUGAAAUUGGUAGACAUGUAAACACAGUUGACCAGAUAAAGAAUACUGAACAGACUGAAUUAGUUAAAACUAUUCAGACUCCCAGCAGGGAUGGGCUGCAGAUGUGUCCUGCUCAAGAAGUUGGUCAAAGAACAAAUGUGUCUCCUAUGUUAAAGUUUCCAUUUAAUCUUGCUGAUAGGAGUAAAGCGGAGCAAAUCAACAGAACCUUAUUUGAGAAACUUGAUAGGCAAAUAAGAGAAGCUCAAUUACAUUUAGCAGGAAAUGCUGGAUCUCUUAGGACAGUGGAGGCUAGUAAUGAAGCUAAUAAGCUUCAGAAAAAAGAUGAUGGGUCCUUUGAGGUGGCUGUUUCAAAUAAAAAGGAGUUAGAUCUUCGCAUAUCAACUAAAUCUAAUGAGCUUCAAGAGGACAUUUGCAGAAGCCCAUCAACAGCCAAUGUGGGAAAUCUGGGUAAGAGCGACGCUGGAAAUGGAAGGGAGGGAUCAAAAUGCUUGAAUUCUAAUAACCUAAUGGAGAAGCCCCGGAAAAAGUCUUCGGAUUCAGAAUCUACUGGGGAGCACAAGAAGAGAAGAAAUUUAAACAGCGUUGAGCAUCCGAGUAAACUUGCAAAUGCUGAGGCAAAGAAUUUGAGGUCUUCAAAGCAGCUUGAUGGAAAUGUUAAUUCAAAGCGUAGAAGAUCAUCACGGCUUUUUACUAAGUGAGCUGCUGAGACACAAUUGAAGUUGUCAUGGUACUUGUUGAAAGCUGAGAAGGAAUUUAUGGUUUGCUUAUAUGUUGGAGAUGUUGGAGAACAUACAGAUACAAAGAAAGAAUAAUGGUGCUAUACCCUAUACAAUUUUUAAUUAUUUCUAUGACAUUUGUUAUAAUUAAUCUUGCCUUUGGUGUCUACAUGACAUGAGGCCAUUGUUCUUUUACUUUUUUUUUUUUUUUUUUAAAAAUACAUUUAUAAUUUUGGUCUCUGUUUUGAGGCUUGUAUAUUAGGCUAUAUUAUUACUCAGGACACAUCUAUGUUAUACUUUACUUGUUAUAUUUGUUUAUCUACUAGUUAUCUUUGUUCAA